CACACACUACGGCUAUAUAUGUAUCCAGAUUUGUUGGCUUGUUGAUUUGUUUGUAAUCUUUGUAUGUAUAAAUGGGUUCUAAAUUUGUUUAUGUAUUUUGUUGUGGAAAUGGUUUUGCUUUACAGUAGUAUUUUGGUAACUAAUGCAUUGCUUUGUGUUGAUAUCACAGAUUCAGCGACAUCAGACUCUUGACAAGUUGCCAUUGCAAGCCAAUGUGUACCCUAUGCCAACUAUGGCGUUUAUUCAAGAUAGCAAGACAAGAGUGACUUUGGCGUCAAAGCAACCACUUGGAUUUUCAUCUCUGAAAUUGGGAUGGUUAGAAGUCUUUCUUGAUAGGAGAUUGAUGCAGGAUGAUAAUCGUGGACUUGGUCAAGGCAUCAAAGACAACAUAAUUACUCCAUCCAUGUUUUCACUGAUUGUUGAACAGUCACGUGACCCAUUAGCCAACACAGCGGAGCAACGUCUUCCUACUGCUUACCCUUCAAUUUUGUCUCACUUGUCUUCCCAGCAGAUUUUGCAUCCCAUGUCUGUUCUAAUACCUCGUGUUCCAUCACCGCAGUUUGCGGCACUGUUUUCUGGCAUUGCUGCUCUUCCCUGUGAUAUUCACCUUGUCAAUCUCAGACUUCUGUAUCAGUCUAUUAGCAGUACAACUCCACCACAGUCAGCUCUUAUAUUGCAUAGGAAAGGCUAUGACUGUCAUUAUUUACCAACUGCCGUUACAUGUUCUUUGACAGAAGGAAAGGUUUCUCUUAGAGAUAUGUUUUCUCUACGUAUUGAGUCAGCUCGAGAUAUGUCAUUGUCUUUACUACAUGAUAGAGGAGUCAUUGAUUUGACCAACGUAGUCUCUCUCGCACCCAUGGAGCUGUAUGCGUAUCAGUUGAAUUGGUAGUCUUCUAUCAUUACAUCUACUGUAAGGAAGUGUGCUAUUAUUUGCCCAGACAUGGUCAUUUACUGUAUUGCUAGUUCUCAUGUGCUUUUUAGUACUAGCAGAGAUACAUUUUGACACAGCAUUUAUCUGAUUAUGAUUAUGAAUGCAGAGUGAAAUUGUUAA